AUGGCAUUGGAAGCUGAUCGCAAGCUGAAGCUGGUUAUAUUAUGUCUUCUCAUGUCAAUAGCAAUUCCAGUCUUGAAGGCCAACAUAGGGAUGUUUGAUGAUGUGUGGGAGCAACGACAGAAAGAAGCUGAGCAGGCUGCGAAGGCUGCCUACCAACAUGAUCCUCUAAAGCAUGUAGUCCAUUUAAACAAGCAAGUGCACAAGGCGAUGAAGGGUCAUAACGACACAAGAAGGAACUUGAGACACCAUGUUGAUGGUCCAUGUGAGGCUAUAAACCCGAUCGACAAAUGCUGGAGAUGCGACCCAAACUGGCAUGAGAAUCGGCAGAAGCUAGCCGAUUGUGCUCUUGGCUUUGGACAUGGUACAACCGGAGGCAAAGGUGGAAAAAUCUAUGUGGUCACAGAUGAUACUGAUGAGGACAUGGUGAACCCAAAAGAGGGGACAUUGCGGUAUGCUGUGACUCGACCUGAACCGCUGUGGAUCAUAUUUGAAGAAGACAUGAAGAUUGAACUGAAACAAGAGCUCAUGAUGGCUAGUGACAAGACCAUUGAUGGACGAGGGGUUAAUGUGCACAUUCAGGGUGGUGGCCAAAUAACUCUGCAGUAUGUGCGCAACAUCAUUAUCAGUAACAUUCACGUUCGUGACACCAUUCCUAAGAAUGGUGGCAUGAUUAGGGAUUCCAUCAAUCACUAUGGAUUACGAACAGAAAGCGAUGGUGAUGGAAUAUCCUUGUUUGGUGCCACAAACGUUUGGAUAGACCAUGUUUCUGCAUCAAAUUGUGCCGAUGGACUUAUUGAUGUCAUUCAAGCGUCUACCGCCAUUACCAUAUCCAACUCUCACUUCACCGAUCAUAAUGAUGUAAUAAUAAACCUAUCUGUGAUGCUGUUUGGUUCAAGUGACAGCAACAGCAAAGAUGAAAUUAUGCAGAUAACUUUAGCUUUCAACCAUUUCGGACAGGGAUUGGUUCAGAGGAUGCCAAGGUGCAGAUUUGGUUUUUUCCAUGUUGUGAACAAUGACUACACACACUGGAUUAUGUAUGCCAUCGGCGGCAGCAGCCAUCCUACCAUACUAAGCCAGGGAAAUCGCUACAUUGCUCCAGAAAAUGAGGCAGCUAAAGAGGUAUGUUAUAGAGUCAACACAGAUAAGAGCGUAUGGAAAAACUGGAAUUGGCAAUCAGAUAAAGAUCUUUUUGUGAAUGGAGCGACUUUUACUGAAUCUGGAGGCCCUGUUCAUAGUAUCGACACGAAGGAUAUGAUCGAAGCGCAAGCUGGGACAGCCGUGACCUUUCUCACACGCUAUGCCGGUCCUCUUAAAUGUAGAAAAGGCCAGGGAUGUUAG